AUGGACGCCUCCCGUCGUCAUCGCGGUUACAGUGAUGCCGAAGAAUCCGAUGUAUCCAAUCCUCCAUCCAAAAUUAUGAACACGCGAGUCCGUCUGUACACGAUCUUAACAAUUGGCACGAUAAUUUGCUAUAUGUACUAUGGAUACCAGAGCAGUGGGUUUAAGGGCUACCAGUACAAGAUAUUUGGGACGGUUAAGACACCCAAUGCGGAAUUUCCGGUCGCGGUACCGGCGCCUCAUACGACGGUAGUCGAGGUUGAUGUCACUAAAACGCUAUCAACGGUGUUUGAGGCGGCACCGACGUCGACGCCUGGUAAAACAAACUAUUGGUUAGCAAAUAUGGAGCAUAGGGGGGUUGCACCUUAUCAUUCUGAUAAAAAGUAUCAAGUCUUUCGGAGUGUGUUCGAUUUUGGAGCAAAAGGAGACGGUGUCACCGACGAUACAGUAGCUAUCAAUGCAGCCAUAACAGCGGGUGAGCGCUGUGGUGAGGGAUGUGAUUCCUCUACCAUAUCACCAGCACUAGUGUUCUUUCCACCCGGGAAAUAUCUAGUUUCGGCGCCAAUUGUGGCAUUAUAUUAUACACAACUGGUUGGAGACCCUUUAGAUUUGCCGGUUCUUUUGGCGUCAAAGAAUUUUAACGGGUGGGCGGUUGUCGACACGGACCCAUACGACCCGCCCGGGAGGAAUUGGUAUAUCAACCAGAAUAAUUUCUUCCGAGCGAUAAGGAAUUUUGUGAUUGAUUUGACAUUGAUGGAUCCGAGUAGUGGUGUUGGAAUACACCACCAGGUGGCCCAGGCGACCUCGAUCUAUAACGUGAUCUUUAAAAUGCACGACGGAGAGAAUACAAAGCAAAGAGGUAUAUUUAUGGAUAACGGAUCCGGUGGAUUUUUGUCGUCAUUAAAGUUCUAUGGUGGAGAUUGUGGUGCUUUCUUUGGGAAUCAGCAGUUCACAACCCUUAAUCUUGAAUUUUACAAUUGCAAGACUGCAAUUUACAUGAACUGGGACUGGGUAUGGCUUCUAAAAUCUAUCAAGAUACACGACUGUGGUAUCGGUAUCGACAUCAGCAACGGUGGGCCGAACGACAUACACACCGGUUCCGUUCUUCUGCUUGAUAGUUAUAUCCAAAACACAGAUAUUGCGAUCAAAACUUUUCGUACCCAGGAAUCGAAGCCUCCCGCCGCAGGCACCCUUGUCAUCCAAAAUCUUGUAAUCUCGGGUGUUAAAACUACGGUGUCCGGUUGGAACGAUGAGGAAAUAUUCGGGGGUAACGAAAAGGGCCGGAAUACGACGAUACCAUUCUGGGGUCAUGGGAAAGGCUACUCGGACCAUCUUCCUCAGGGAGGCGAUAUCAACGUUGUUGCGGAUGAAACCGUCGAUGCGAUCCCGGCGGCCUUGAAAGAUGCGACAGGGAAGAUUCUAGAGCGACCGAGACCGCUUUAUAGACAUAUUGUACCCAGUCGGUUUGUUAGUGUUAGGGCAGCUGGAGCGGUUGGAGACGGUGUGGCGGAUGAUACCGCAGCGAUCCAGGAGGUAAUUAGUGCCAAUGGUAACACACCAGCGGGACAGAAGAAAAAGAUUAUAUUCUUCGACUAUGGUGUCUAUCGGGUUACACAAACGAUCUACGUACCUCCCAAUACUUAUAUCGUUGGGGAAACGUGGAGUGUCAUAAUGUCUUCGGGUAGCUUCUUCAAUGAUGUCAAAAAUCCGAAGCCAUUGUUUCUAGUAGGGAAGUCAGGCGAGGAAGGUAUUGUCGAAAUUUCAGAUAUGCUUUUCCAAACUCAGGGCCCUGCCGCUGGUGCCAUUCUUAUGGAGUGGAAUAUUAGAAAGAGAUCUCCUCAAGGACAAAAUGUAUCCGGCAUGUGGGAUGUCCACUUUCGGGUAGGAGGUUCUGAAGGAACAAACCUACAAGCUCCAAAGUGCACGAAAAAGCCAGACGACCAAGUCGACCCUAAGAUUGAUGAUGAUUGUGUAUCCGCUUUCAUGCUGCUACACAUCGGUAAAACUGCAAGCUUGAUGAUGGAAAAUAUGUGGAUUUGGACUAGUGACCACGACCUGGACGCCCCAAAGCAUGAACAAAUAACCAUCUAUACCGGACGUGGCCUUCUUUGUGAAGCCGAGUUAGGGCCUGUCUGGAUGUAUGGUCAUGCCGUCGAGCACAACGUUUUAUACAACUAUCAGCUCGCCAAUGCCAAAAACAUAUUUAUGGGUGUUAUACAAACUGAAACACCGUAUUACCAGUCAAACCCGCGGGCUAGACAGCCCUUCGCACCCGUCGCAGAAUAUUUUGAUCCAGACUUUGAAGCAACUUGUGGCGGUGCGGACAUUCCAAAGGAAAAGGUUUCGAUGUGUGAGAAGAGUUGGGGACUGCGAAUAUUGAACUCGACGGACGUGUUUGCCUUCGGUGCCGGAUUAUAUUCAUUCUUUGAAAACUACAGUACUGAUUGUAUUGCAAAACGGGAAUGCCAGCAAACAAUGGUGUCAAUAGAUAGAGACAGGAAGAGUGAUAUAGUCUCUUCAAGAAGUAAUAUUUGGCUAAUGGGGUUGGUAACAAUUGGGACUCAAAAUAUGGCAAGCUGGAUGAAGGAUUCAGAUGGUGAAAAAGUUGUUGUUGGGGCACUAGAUGGUAAUGGAGCUGGGUUCACGGAUAAUGUCGGUUUGAUACUGUUGUAA